AUGCAUUGAACACAUUUGUUUCGGAAUGACACAACUUCAGUUGAUUUUUUGCAACACCUAGAGAAAAUAGGCAGGCGACUUUUUGUCUGAAAUAAAAUAAUUAUGGCAAAUUUUAUGCAGGAUAGCGUUGUAAAAUAUGCCUGCUCAUGUGGCAUAUUAAAUCCUAUUAGCAAGUUGUUUUUCUGUCGUCAUUGUCCUAAGCUGAGGUGUGGUUUUUGUGUUUGCCACGAAGUGGAUUCCAAUUUCUGCUCUAAUUGUUUAGAAAAUAUACCCUCGUCAGAGGCACGAAACAAAAAGAACUGUUGUGCUAACUGCUUUAACUGCCCAUGCUGUCAUCAUACUCUGUCGGCAAGGGCCACAACUGUGGUCGUACAAAAAAAGCCCGAAGAAGGCGCUAAGGAUGGAGAUGGAGCUGCGGGUGCAGAUGCUAAACCCGAUCCAUCAAAGGUCAUUACGAAGAAAAUGUACUAUUUAUCUUGUUUAGCCUGUAGAUGGACUUCGAGGGAUGUUGGCAUACCCGAUCAAUCCGUGGCCACUGGGUCUUGGCCGGAUAAUGAGUGUGCCUACCAGACACGUUUCAAUGCUUUGGCUGAGUACUAUCAGGCAGUUGUGCAACAGGAUAAACAAGAACGUCAAGAGUAUUUGCGACGCAAAACUCCCAAGACUCAUAAGUUUCCCAGUUUAACUGAUCGUACCGGGCUUACUGUGUCGAUUAUACGACGUCAAAUGGGAUGGUCUGAUAAAAAUACCCAAAAAGCAAAACCGGUUAAUAUAGCCCCAGCUCAAAAUACUGAAGAUGUGGGACAAUUGCCAGAAAGUAUUUUCACGCAAAAAAUCAACUUGAGGAAUAUCACUACGGUCAAGCAGCGUCACAAUCAACCCUGUGAGCAACCAUUUACCAUAAACAAAUUGUAUCCGCAGAGACGUGGACUUUGGAUAAAACGUUCUUUGCGUUGUCGCGAAUGUGAACAUAAUGUCAUUAAACCGGAAUAUCAUCCAACUUCAGUCAAGUAUCGCAUUCAGUUAUUCGCCAGCUAUCAUGUACCCGAUGUAUUACUGGUUAAAUGUGAUCAGCCGUUGAAGGCCGGCGAACCCAAUGCAGUUAUUCUAAAACUAAGUAAUCCCACAUUGCACGAUAUGGAGAUAAAUAUUGUGGAAUUACCCACGGAGGAAGAUGAGUUAAAACUGAUUGAAGAAUUUAAACGUGCAUGCACUCUAAAGGACACCUCAUUGACAGCAGCUACUGCCAUGGAUUCGUUGAAAUCUCUUACAGGCUCUCCAAGUCUUACCGGUACAGCAAGUCUGACCAAUACUUCAUUGGUGCGACAGACAUCCAUACUCGAGGAGCCAAGAGUAGUAAAACUAAAGGUUAAUAGUAAACUGCAACCACCAGAGGCCAGUUUUAUCUUAAAUUUGAGAGAUGAUUCCAGGGAAUUCGAUGAUGAGCCGCAAACAACAACGAAAUCCGAACCAGAAUUUAUAGUAUCUCGUAAAUCGAAUAAGGUUUAUUUGAGUUUAAAAUUCAUUCCUGAUGCAGAUUUAAAGACUGGCGAUGAUGUUUAUGUCGGCUUUAACAUGCUAUACACCUAUGUUAAUACUGUAACUAAUACUCCUGAGAAGAAGGAACCAACAACACAUGUCUUGAAUUGUCGUAUUUAUGUACAAGUGGGAUCUAUUGAGGCUUAAAGCUGAAUUACUUACGUGUUCUUUCAAAAGUCAUUUAAAUGUAUUACAUUUAUGUAUUCUUUAAUUAUUUAACUCUGUAACAUUUGUCCUUUUUUGCUAUAUAUAUUCUUAUUUAUGCUUUGAAAUAAAUACUAAUGAAUUAACUCAA